AUUGAAAUUAACCCAAAAUCAAAAAAUGAAAACAAAAGUGGUAUUUAUACCAAUCUACAAAGCAUUGCUGUGGUGGCACUGCCAUCCUUCUUACCCAUAUUCCAAUCCUUCUGCAAACACCACUCAGGGUUCUUCGUACUGGUACUGGACCUCAAAUGGGUCCUUUACCACUAACCAUUGAGGCCAAAAGCUCUACACUGGCAUCUACAGAUCCAUAUCACAAGAGCGGGCAAAACUUGUCACUUAAAACAAAGAAGACUUUUGCGGCUGCUAGCAUGGAAGCAGAAAAGCCAUUUGACUUUUUCCGCACUUUAUUUGAGGGGACCAUAGCAGGAGGGACAGCUGGGGUUGUUGUUGAAACAGCUUUAUACCCUAUUGAUACCAUAAAAACGCGGCUGCAGGCUGCUCGUGGUGGAGGUAAAAUAGUUUGGAAGGGUCUUUAUUCUGGAUUGGCUGGUAAUCUUGCUGGUGUCUUACCGGCUUCUGCAAUAUUUGUAGGUGUUUAUGAACCUACAAAGCAGAAACUAUUGAGGAUGGUUCCUGAAAAUCUUUCUGCUGUAGCCCACCUGACAGCAGGUGCUAUAGGGGGACUAGCUGCUUCCCUUAUUCGUGUUCCAACAGAGGUUGUUAAGCAAAGGAUGCAAACUGGGCAAUUUGCUUCUGCCCCUAAUGCUGUUCGUCUUAUUGUUUCUAAGGAGGGUUUUAAAGGAUUCUAUGCAGGAUAUGGAUCCUUUCUAUUAAGAGAUUUGCCCUUUGAUGCAAUUCAAUUUUGCAUAUACGAACAGCUUCGGAUUGGUUAUAAAGUGGCGGCGAAGAGAGACCUGAAUGAUCCUGAGAAUGCAUUAAUUGGUGCUUUUGCUGGAGCACUAACUGGAGCUGUAACCACUCCCCUUGAUGUGAUUAAAACAAGGCUGAUGGUUCAGGGAUCUGCGAACCAGUACAAGGGAAUCUUAGAUUGUGUUCAAACUAUCGUGAGAGAAGAAGGGCCUCCGGCUCUUUUGAAGGGAAUUGGGCCAAGAGUUCUGUGGAUAGGGAUAGGUGGGUCAAUCUUUUUCGGUGUUCUCGAGCGCACCAAACGGUUACUUGCUCAGAGGCAACCUGCUGUUCAACAAGACUCAAAGAAGGAUUAAUUAACACAUAGAUGAAGUAGGAGGCUUAGAAAUAGAUUUUUAGGUGUUUUCAUUGCAUUGUUUUCAGUUUUUUUUUUCAACUCUUAUUCCAGGCUUACCAGCUUCGUUGGUUUAUUUGGUUUUGACUCAGCAAUAAAUUUGAUAUUGAGUUCUAUCAUUUUCCUCUAGAAAUACUAAGUUUGAUUUUAUUUAUUUGUAAUAAUAUUUUUCCUUUCUAAUUAAAAAUGCAAGAAAAAGCUUGCAGAGAUUGCUAGCUACUAUUCUUGUUUCAUUAAAA